AUGAGACUCUCGCUGAGGAGUAUCCGCAUCGCUGCAGUCGCCGUCGCCGGUUCCGGUGUUGCAUUGGCGAACGCCGAUCCUGAUGACAAGCCGGAGUUAUCGAUUGGGAUUUCCGGGCCCUUGCGUAAACAACUGGAGGGACCGCGGCGUAUUGGCCAGAUAAUAAACUCUCGCCCAGCUUUUCUUUCCUGGGAUCAUUUGCAAUCUGGUAUUCUUCCGACAUUCUCAUUUAGCGCCAUUCCUGCUCUGCCUGAUGACGUAAAGAAAGAAGUGCCUGCUGAUGCCAGCGAAAGUCCGAAACCGUGUCCUCAAUGUUUGGGGAGGGACACCAUUGCAAAUGCAGCUGCUAGGGUUGGUCCUGCAGUUGUAAAUUUAUCUGUUCCGCAGGGUUUCCACAGCAUUACCACCGGAAAGAGUAUAGGAUCUGGAACUAUAAUCAACAAGGACGGUACGAUUUUAACCUGUGCUCAUGUUGUGGUUGAUUUCCACGGAUUUCGCUCUUCAUCUAAAGGCAAGGUUGCGGUAACUCUGCAAGAUGGUCGAACAUUUGAGGGUACUGUUGUCAAUGCGGAUAUGCAUUCUGACAUUGCCAUUGUAAAAAUCAAUUCAAAGGUUCCUCUUCCAACAGCAAAACUUGGCUCUUCGGGCAAACUUCGACCUGGAGACUGGGUGGUAGCAAUGGGCUGUCCUCUUUCCCUUCAAAAUACUGUUACGGCUGGCAUUGUCAGUUGCGUAGACCGCAAAAGCAGUGAUCUGGGUCUUGGAGGAAUGCGAAGAGAAUAUUUACAGACUGAUUGUGCAAUCAAUGCGGGAAAUUCUGGAGGGCCUCUUGUUAAUAUUGAUGGAGAAGUUGUUGGCGUUAAUAUAAUGAAAGUGUUAGGUGCAGACGGAUUGAGUUUUGCUGUACCAAUCGAUUCAGUUUCGAAAAUAAUAGAACACUUCAAGAAAAGUGGGAGAGUUAUUCGACCUUGGCUGGGAUUGAAAAUGGUUGAUCUUAAUGAGAUGAUCAUCGCUCAGCUCAAGGAAAGAGAUCCUGCAUUCCCCGAUGUCGAGGGAGGUGUUCUUGUACCGACGGUAACUCCAGGAUCCCCAGCUGAUCGUGCUGGCUUCCAACCAGGUGACGUAGUCAUCGAGUUUGAUGGGAAGCCUGUUGGCAGCAUCACUGAGAUAAUCGAAAUCAUGGGGGACAAAAUUGGGAUCCCAAUAAAGGUUGUUGUUAGAAGAGCAAAGGACAGCCUCGUCACUUUGACUGUAGUUCCGGAGGAGACCAACUUAGAUAUCUGAAGGAAGAUGGUGACAAACUUCAAUCAAUAUGCAUUGAACAAUUUAUGAUUCACUUGAUUCUUCUCUAUAUUUUAGUUAAAGAAGGGACCAAAUGGUCUCCCACUUCAAGAGAAAAAGAAACAGUAUGACCGCCAGAUAGAAAUAAAUUUUGGAAGAGUCCUGCAUAAAUUCAUGAUUCUCUUAACAUUAGAAAAGCGAAUGCAAUAUUUUGUUCUGGGCCAUUCUGGUAA